UUUAAAUUGUGUCCUGUCAAUCAAAACGAACAAAAUUUUCAUACCCGAGAAUUCAGUCGUCGUCCUAACUUGGCUGUGAUCAUGUCGAAUCUGUACACCGAAUUAAAGAACGAGUGGAGCAAGCAUGCGCCCAACCUGGCCCUGUGCUCCCACCUGCUGGAUGGAUUCAAACUGGAGCUGGUGAGGUCCAACUUUGGGACAAUCCAAACUGCGUCGAGUUCCAAGCAGAAGGAUCAGCUCAUCAAAUCGCGGGAGAUGCUGGAAAUCGCCGUGGAACAUAGCAUCACCAUCAAGGAUUAUGCAGCCUUCGAGAGAUACAUGGCCCAGUUGAAUACGUACUACUAUGAUUACGAUAAGUACUUGGAGUCCUCGAAGCACAUGCACAAGUUCAUGGGUCUGAAUCUGCUCUAUAUGCUGGCCACCAAUCGCAUUGCCGACUUCCACAUCGAACUGGAACGUUUGCCGUCGGCUUUGCUGCUCCAUGAUAGCUUCAUCAAGCCCGUUCUGGCAUUGGAGAACUACUACAUGGAGGGCAGAUACAACAAGAUCCUGCAAGCGAAGAAGUCUAUGCCCUCGGAGAUCUAUUCGAAUUUCAUGGACAUACUGGUGAACACGGCCCGCGAGGAGAUCGCAUCCUGCAUGGAGAAAUCCUACCUGAAGAUGGCACCCAAACAGGCUGCUCAGCGCUUGGGACUUCGUCCCGGUUCCAAGGAGCUGCUGGAACUGGCCAGCAAACGUCAGUGGUGCCUGGACGAGGAGGGGAACUACAACUAUGCUGGACUCCAUACCAGACCCAUGGAGAAGGUACCCGCCAAGGACAUCGCCACCCAUAAUCUCACCUAUGCCCAAGAGCUGGAGAAAAUUGUUUGAAUUCUUGUUCCUAAUCCACUCAACCAGAAAAUAAGAUCCAGAAUCUAUACAUUCAGCCCAAAAAUCAGUAAAUUGCGAACCGGAAA